AUGCGCUUUACUUAAUAAAACCUCUAGUUUACAUAAAAUUAGAAAGCUUUAAAAAGUCUUUAAUACAGAUAAUAAAAUAAUUCAAGUCCUUUCACUUAAUAAUUUCCUCCUCCUUCAGACAUCUAAAUGACAGAAUUCUAAAUUAACCAAUUUUCAUAAAUGAGUCAACCAGCAACUCCUUAACUAGCAUAAUCUCGAAUGAUUUCUUCCAGAAUGGGUGUAAAUUAAUCUCCCUUACAGCAAUCACAAAGUCCUCUUUAAGCGUAAUUUAUAAAUAGUGAUUAAUCUACAAGUAGAAAUGCUGCUUAUUCGCCUUAACAAAAUAUAUAAUAAAAUUAAUAUCACCCUCCAGUUAAUACUUAACUUCUUUAAUAUGAUUUAAUGAAGACCCCAUGGCAACCUCAAACAACUCUAAGUAAUACAUAAUCAACAUAUAAUUAAAUGAAAUACCAGGACAACAAUGUUCCUUAGAAUUUUGAUAAUCUAUCGAACGAAGAUAAAACAAAUAAAUUAUUACUUGCAGGACCUAUCGCAGGGAGAUCUAUGACAGAUAUAUGGGCAUUGGUCUUCUUUGUUUUAAAUUUUUUAUGUUUUCUAUCUAUUGGUAUAGUUGGAUUUGCUACGUGUAAACCAUUUGAUUUGAUUGAUUAGUAUAACAAAGCUGGCAGUACUCGUGUAUCAAUAACAUUCAAUAUUUCUGAUUUUUUUAAUGGUAUGCCUGCUGUUGCUGCUGCGUUUGGUACUACUUUCAUAAUUGGCUUACUUUUAUAGAUUAUUUUGAUGAGAUUUACUUAUUGCAUUUUAAUGUCUUUGUUGUGUCUCUGCUUAAUCCUCUUCAUCGCAAUAGCUAUUAUGGGAUUUAUAACUAAAUAAAUCUUUUUUGGAGUAGUCUUUGUAAUCAUCUUCCUUAUCUACUUAUUUUAUGCAUACAAACUUUACUAAAAAUUACCUGCUCUUGAUAAAGUUGCAAAAUUGUCUUACAAAUUUACAGUUGAAAUGGCUGGAUAAUUCUGCUUAACUUUAACUUUUUUAUUUAUCUUUAUUAUUUGGUUUGUCUUUUACUUAUUUUCAAUCCUAUUCUUGGCAUCUAAAUACACUGUUGUAAAUUAGACUAUUGAUAUUGAUCCUACAUACAAGUCUCUCUUAUACACAAUGACAUUUAAUUUCUUCUUUUUGUGCAAUACAACCAUGCAAUUUUAUAAGUUUUGCAUCUCAUAUAUGUGUGCUUAGUGGUUUUUUGGUAGAGCAAAUUAAGUAACUGUUGUUGAAUGCAUAAAGCUAGGCUUCAAUCACCUAGGAUCUUUCUCUUUUCAAACUAUUUUAAUUAUUUUGCUUCACUAUGUGAUAGAAAUUAUAAAAAGUAUAGAAAGAUCUUUUUAAAAUAUUGGAUUAAUUUGCAUUUCUUCAUUGAUUUAGCGCUGCAGAAAGCCUCUUGAAAAAUUAAUAUCGUCUUUGACUUUGAUUAGAAUUGCUUUAACAGGAAACAACUUUUGUGAAAGUUCAAGAGAUAUACUGAAACAAAUUUUGCACGAUCCUUUCUAUUUUUUGUUUGUCAUAUGGGGUGCUGAUACAGUUAGUGGAAUCCUAUCAUUCUUUACUUUUUUAAGUGGAUUCAUUGUUGGCAUAUAUAUCCUAAUUCUUCUCAAAUUAAGUUCUUGGGCUUUGGUUUUUGGAAUUAUUUUGGUAUACGUCAUCACAAUACAAACAAAAGAUUUGUUUGUUCAAAACUUUUAAAUGGUUCUAUAUUCUAUUGGAGCAUUUUAUAAUAUGUGUGAAAUUCUUUUUGAAAAAGACAGCACUAUAGUUAAAAAUUAAUUAUUUUUCUCAAUGAGAGAUGAUUUGCAAGCUGCAUCUUCAUUAACUAAUUUAAAUGUUAAAGAUAUUUCCUGA